CAAAGUGACAUUUCAUUUUCAUAAAAACAAAAAACAUCAACAAAAUAGAAAAAAUAUUAGAUUUAAGUUAAAAAUUAAAAUGGGAAAUCAACUUGUGGGCAUAGCUCCAUCGCAGAUUUUCCCAGUUGAAAGAUAUUUAACUGAUAUUCCUAAUUUGAAAUUCGAUACAAGUUUGGGCAGUACAAGAUUCCUAAAAGUUGCUCGAGCUGAUUCUCAAGAAGGUCUGAUAGUAGUGAAGGUAUUUGCAAUACAUGACCCUUCAUUACCACUAUUACCUUAUAAAGAUCACUUAGAAGAUGUGAGAAAAAAGCUAAGCUCAGCUGUAAAUUGUAUCCCUUAUCAAAAAAUUAUACUGACCGAAAAAGCUGGAAUUAUCAUGAGAGAAUACAUCAAAUACAGUUUAUAUGAUAGAAUUAGCACGAGACCAUUUUUAACAAAUAUUGAAAAACGUUGGAUUACAUUUCAAAUAUUAUAUGCUUUACAUCAGUGUCACAAGGUGGGAGUGUGUCAUGGUGAUAUCAAGCUAGAAAACAUCACUGUCACAUCUUGGAAUUGGGUGUUGUUGGUAGAUUUUGCUUCAUUCAAACCAACAUUUGUACCAGUUGACAACCCAGCUGAUUAUUCUUAUUUUUUUGAUACAUCACGUAGAAGAGUUUGUUAUUUAGCUCCCGAGAGAUUUUCAAGUACAAGCACUACCAUUACUGAGAGUAGUUCUUUGAUUGCUGAAGCCAAUGUCGACUCUGGUGAUUUAACACCUGCUAUGGAUAUUUUUUCAGCUGGUUGUGCAUUACUGGAACUAUGGAAUGAACUUCAUAUGCCUUUUGAGUAUUCCCAACUAUUAGCCUACUGUUCUGGUAAAUAUUCUCCUCAGAAACACCUCAAUAAACUAGAACUAGAAGAUCCAAAUUUAAAGUCCCUUAUUUCAAACAUGAUAGAAAAAGAUCCACAUAAACGCAAAAGAGCUGAAGACUAUUUAGCGGAGUACCGAGGAACACUAUUUCCAGAAUAUUUCUUUUCAUUCUUGCAAUCUUACAUGUUGAUAUUUUCGUCUAGUCCUAUUUUAUCUCCAGAUGAAAAAAUUAUGCGAUUGAAAAGCGAUAUAAAUGAUAUAUUCACGUUUUUGGGACCAAUGACGAAAUCCAAUGAUGAUAAAACUGAAGAAAAAGCUGAUAUUGAAAAGGUUGAUAAAGGAGAGUGCGAGGGACUUGUUAUUAUCACUUCAUUGGUUACAUCCUGUAUACGGGGAUUGCAUACAUGCUCCUCGAAACUGUACAGUUUAGAGAUAUUGUUGGAUUUGGCUUCUCAUGCAAGUGACGAGACUGUGUUAGAUAGAAUACUUCCUUACAUUAUGUAUUUAGCUCACGAUAGUUCAACAAGGGUAAAAAUUUCAGCAAUUAAUACCAUAACCAAAUGCUUAGACUCAGUAACAAAAAUUUCAAGAUCUGAUGCAAACAUUUUUCCAGAAUAUAUCCUUCCUGAACUAGCCCCAUUGGCUACAGAUCCAAAUACUUGUGUUAGAGCAGCUUAUGCUAAAAACAUAGCUACAUUAGCUGAAAUAGCGCUAAGGUAUUUAGAGCAAAUUCAAAAUGACUGGUAUGACAAUAACAGCACCAACAAACAAAAAGACGAGCACACUUUUAACUAUGAACUUGAAUUGCAAGCAUUACAUGAAAUGAUAUCCCAAACUGUCAGUGCUCUUCUAACUGACACACAAUCUAUUGUAAAGCAAACAUUGAUGGAUAGCGGGAUAACAAAACUUUGCGUUUUCUUUGGAAAAACUAAAGCUAAUGAUGUCCUUCUCUCUCACAUGAUAACUUUUCUAAAUGACAAAGAAGACAAAGAAUUGAGGGGAACAUUUUUUGAUUGUAUAGUAGGAGUGGCAGCUUACAUUGGUUGGCAUUGCUCUGGUAUUUUAACACCACUUUUAUUGCAGGGUUUAACUGAUCAUUCGGAAUUUGUAACUGCAAAAAGUAUAAAUGCCAUGUCAGCAUUGACUGAGCUGGGUCUUAUAACCAAACCGGCUCUAUGCGAGUUAGUUACUGAGUGUUCUUAUUUCUUGGUUCAUCCCAACUUGUGGGUAAGACAAGCAAUAGCUGGAUUUAUAUCUUCCGCUGCAAAAACGCUGUCAAUACUAGAUGUACAGUGCAAACUAGUCCCUAAAUUGAAGAUAUACAUGAAGUAUCCUUUGAUACAAGUUGAUAAGCCUGAGCUAUUGUUAGAAUCACUUGUAAGUCCAAUCCCAAGAAAUGUCUAUGAUAGUGUCGUUACUUACAAUGAAAUUGAUUUGAUUUUUGAAGUUUUAAAAGAAAGAAGAUCCUUAAGAGAUUGUGUAAAUACAGGAAAAGUUCCUUCCACUGAUUUUUAUAGAGAUAUUCCACCGAGUUUAAAAAAUUUAUUUAGACGUUUGGAAGCAAACGGCAUGAAUGAAUCUAUGGAAGAAUAUUUUCUAAAAAUGCUACAUCACUUGAAAAAAAUUAACAAAUUCAAGAUACAUCCUGAUGGGCGACAGAGUAGGCAAAAUGAAGGAAAAAUAGAAAUUAGUUCUGUGAAUAGUACAGUUAGAAGCCAUAUUUUAAACCUAGGAGAGACCCAAAAAGGAGAUUUUUUGUCUAACAGACUACACAGAACUAACACAUCAGGAUCUAUAGACACUAACAUUAACUCAGACUGGAAUUAUAGCUCAGAAGUUCUCACCAGGCAGUCGGAAAGCACCAACUCUGGUGGUCCUCCUUCUAGGAGUACGUCCAGUAGACCUUCAUCACCUCCUCCUGACAGCAAUAAUCAUUUUAGCGCUACCGAUCCAUCCAGUAAUGUUAGUUUGCAUGAAAGAUCCUACAUUCAAUACCGCAAAUCAAAUUGUUACAUAGAAUUAGCAAAUUUAAAAAGCAGACAACAAGAUCACUAUUUUGAAGCUUUAAGAAAUAAAGAAUGGGCGGAACAAGCAGCUUGGCGACCCCAAUUACCACCACCUGGAUGGAGAUUAAGAGGAGUCCUAGUAGCUCACUUACACGAGCAUAAAGGAAUAGUAAAUAAACUUUGUGUUUUACCAGAUACUCCUCUCUUUGCCAGCUCAUCAUCAGAUGGAUCAGUUAGGUUAUGGGACUGUAGUAAGAUGGAAGGCAAAAAUAUUGCGAAUAGGUCUAAACAACACUAUAAACUAGGAUCCAAUAUUACUAGUAUGGCAGUGUGUGAAAGCGGUCAAUCAUUAGGAGUCACCUGUCAAGACGGAUCUGUCAAUAUAUUGAGGAUAGAUGCUGCAAGCAACAAAAUGAAUCUAGCUCAGCCGCGUCAAUUAAACCACGACGAAGAUGGAUUUGCUGUAGACCUUCAAUGCAUGGAUUCAGGAUCUCAGAGCGUUUUAGUAUAUGCAACUUUGUAUGGAUCUAUAGUCGGGUUGGACCUUCGAGCACCAGGAACAGCUUUUAGGUUAGAAAACGGCUUACGGAAUGGUGUGAUCACUACUUUUUGUUUAGAUUCGCACCAGAGUUGGUUGAUGUUAGGAACAAGUAAUGGUCAUCACGUUGCUUGGGAUUUGAGGUUCCAAUUGCCUAUAAUGCACUUUCAACAUCCCUCAGGUACUGUAAGAAUUAAGAAACUUAUAAGUCAUCCGACUGAACACUCUUGGGUUCUCUCUAGUAUUCACGGCAACAAUGAAAUAUCCAUGUGGAAUAUAGAGACUAGUUUUAGACAGAAAGUACUCUGGGGAAGUACCUCGCCUCCUUUAUCAAAACAAGAUACCAGUAAUAGUGUUUGUGCAAUGUUGGGCGGUUCUAUUGACAGAUCGCCUUUUCUUUUGGCUGGUGGUACAGAUCAAAGACUGAGAUUUUGGGAUUUAGAAAGCCCUUCCGAAUCAUACUUGGCGAUACCUGGGGCAAAUGAUCCUGUGGGAACUGCUUUAAGUUAUAGAAGCCGACUCAUUGAUGGUACGUUGGUGAUAUAUGAAGAAGCAGGCACCAUAAGAAAAUUGGACAGAGGUGAAGAAAUACCCAGGCCGGGACCCGAGCCACCGGCAGCUGGUCACAGAGAUUGUAUUUCUGAUAUUGCAAUGUGCAAAGCAUCACAAUGCUUCCUUGUUACAGCAUCGCGAGAUGGCGUUAUAAAAGUAUGGAAAUAGACAUUUUUACGUUCGGUACUGAUAUUAUACAUAAUAUAAUUGAAAUACAAACUAUGUAUUUGAAAAUACGUAUACUUUAGAUACGUGUAUAGUUUCCGUAAAAAAAAGAUGAUUCAUUUUCUUUAUAAGACAAAAAUGAUCAAAAUAUUAAGUCAAGAAGAAACUAUAUAAGCGUAUAGGUAUAUUUAUUAUAAUUGUGAUUUUUUUAGUCCUUUAGUACUCUUAAGUUAAUAAUGAAAUAAACCUUUUUAUUAUACAAUUUAGGAUAAAAAUUAUGCAUGUAUUUUAUUUUAUAAAAUAUUUUGAAACAUGACUUGUGUGUCUCUUGCUUUUUUGACUUUGUUAAUAAACAUUUUUAAAUGACAGCU